CUCCAUCACUAGACGAUGCACCCCGGUAACUUCUAACAGCACCGGACCUGCCGCACACAUGAGACACCCUGGACUACUAAGGUCAUCUUCAUAGACAGGUAAUGGAUCCAGUGUGACUGCUACAACACCAUCCUGCCCAGCUGGCCUGUAUAACUCUGUAGCUAUGGCAACUUGUCCAAGAGGCUGCGCACCAGCGGUGCGCCUUUGUCAGAGACUGAAUCGACUCAAGACACUGGAUGAUGACAUGAUGGCCACGUCGCUGAAACGCUGCCUCUCCACCCUGGACCUGACUAUGUUGGGUGUUGGUGGCAUGGUGGGCUCUGGGCUUUAUGUCCUGACAGGAACAGUGGCUAAAGACAUGGUUGGGCCUGCUGUCAUCAUAUCCUUCCUUUUUGCAGGUUUUGCUUCUCUAUUGGCUGCCUUUUGUUAUGCAGAGUUUGGAGCACGCAUUCCCAAAACAGGAUCUGCCUACAUGUUUACCUACGUGUCUGUGGGAGAGGUCUGGGCUUUUCUCAUUGGUUGGAAUGUGAUUCUGGAGAACAUGAUCGGUGGCGCUGCUGUGGCACGUGCCUGGAGUGGCUAUCUGGACUCCAUUUUUAACCAUGCUAUCCAGAACUUCACAGAGACACACAUUAUGCAGUGGGACGUGCCCUUUCUUGCCCAUUAUCCUGACGUACUUGCAGCAGGGAUUCUAGUAGUUGCCUCGUUCUUCAUUUCCUUUGGAGUUCAAGUGUCCUCUUACCUCAACCACAUCUUCUCCACCAUUAGUAUGGGUGUCAUCGUCUUCAUACUGGUGUUUGGCUUUGUGCUGGCUGAACCAGCCAAUUGGAGCCAGAAAGAAGGAGGCUUCGCACCUUUCGGGUUGUCUGGAAUACUGGCAGGCUCGGCCACGUGCUUCUACGCGUUUGUGGGCUUUGAUGUAAUCGCAUCCUCAAGUGAGGAGGCAAAGAAUCCGCAGAAAGCUGUUCCCAUUGCCACCGCGAUCUCUCUUGGACUGGCAGCAACAGCUUACAUCCUGGUCUCCACAGUGCUCACACUAAUGGUACCCUGGCAUACACUGGACCCCAACUCAGCUCUGGCAGAUGCUUUCUUCCGCCGUGGUUACAGUUGGGCUGGAGUGGUUGUGGCAGUAGGUUCUAUCUGUGCCAUGAACACUGUGCUGCUCUGUAAUCUCUUCUCCCUCCCUCGGAUUGUUUACGCCAUGGCAGAGGAUGGAUUGUUCUUCUCCUUUUUUGCACGCGUCAAUCCCGUCACCAAAGUCCCUGUCAAUGCUAUAUUGGUGUUUGGAAUCCUCAUGGCCACCAUGGCUCUCAUCUUCGACCUGGAGGCCUUGGUUCAGUUCUUGUCCAUCGGCACACUCCUGGCGUACACCUUCGUGGCAGCGAGUGUUAUUGUGCUGCGCUUCCAGCCUGAGAAAACCAGCUCCAAGGGAACCGCUUCCACAUCUCCCAACCCCAACGCUGAGCCUUCCCCUGCCCCCUCAGAGUCUCAGACCAUAACUGAGGACAGCGGGGAGCUGAAGCAGUACGAGUCCUUCUCUGACAAACUCCAGCUGGUGGAGAGGCAGAAGACAAGAGAACGGCGUGGGGUGGGGCAGUUGAAGGCUUACUGGGAACCGUACCUGGGCAAGCUGCUGGGGGACUGUGAGCCGGGCGAGGUGGUGGCCUUCUGUGUGCUGACUCUGAUAGUGAGUUCAGUGUCCCUCUGUGCCGUGCUGGAAUUUGGUACCAAACAGCUGCAGCUGCCGCUGUGGAGCUUCACCAUGCUGCUGGUGAUUUUUAGCUUAGCUUACGUCCUCAGCCUGGCGCUCAUAUGUGUUCAUGAGCCGCAGACCGACAGCAAAACAUUCCAGGUACCUUUGGUUCCAUUGACUCCAGGUGCCAGUAUCCUCAUUAAUGUAUUCCUCAUGAUGAAGCUCAGCCCUCUAACCUGGAUUCGAUUCACCGUGUGGAUCGCCAUAGGUCUCUUUGUGUAUUUCGGAUAUGGGAUCUGGCACAGUAAGGAGGGCAUGCGGGAGCUGCAGCCCAAAGACAUGGCCGCCCGGUACGUGGUGCUACCCAGCGGCAGCCUGGUAGAAACAGUGCAGUCUGUCCAGCCCGAAGGUCAAGUGGACACCCCGGCGCACCACAUCAACGCCUCCACCGCCUCGACAGCCGAGGAGUACGAAGGAAAGAGAUGAUGUGUGACCAAACGCGGCCACCAUUACAACCGGCUGGUUUCAUCUGUUGUCUCCCACUCAUAACGCUGUACUAUUACUAGUGUACUCUCCGUAUCUCACUCCUUUUAGUGUGUGACUGGCCUGCCACAGUCUGUACUCGUUGCUCUGCAAAUGUAAGCACACCACAGGAUGGGAUGCACGCUCUCUGUCUCGUCGUGAAGCAUAUUUGUAUAUCUUGUAAUACUCGAAUGUACAGUAGAGAGCUUUAUUACUGUCCUGUAAAUUUCUUGCAUCAAAGUUGGGUUAUAUAUCCUUUAAGACCAGCUCUUUUCUUGCAAACUUGCCAGUUUGUCAGAAUCCACAUGCUUAUAUCCGGUGCUUUCUUUGUGACAAACUGUACUUUUAGUUUGUAUAUUCAGCGAAUAAUCAUUUUAACACAAACCUGGAGCUGGAAAAUCACCAUUCACCAAAAAUAUAAUUCUGUUGUUAACAAGGUAAAAGACAACCCACUGCAUGAUAUCAUCUUGAGUAUGGCAAGCAUCCAUUUGUUGCAUGUUUUUUUUAGUUAAACAGACGAAUGCACAGACUUUUGUGAGUUUACAUUUUCACUUUUUUACUUCUCCGCUGCCUCAGGAGAAACUGCAGGCUCUUUUAAUGUGGAUCCACUUAUACCUAGACUGCCCUACUUAUAGUUUCUACUGUCAAGUUAUUUAAUCCAAUAUGUUAAUAUAUGUAUUUAUUUUUCUAUUGUUACUGUUCUUUUAUUUUUUUGU